AUGGACUCUACCAAGUCCAACGGAGAGUGGAGUGCCUCUGAGAUCAACAUGGUGAAAUCACUCAUCGCUAGGUACAAUGCCAACAACAGUUACGCUGAUGACAUGAACAAAAAGCAUGACAACAUUGUUAAUGAGAUCCAGGCAAUGUUUCCGAUGAAGGAGAAGCAUCAAGCAAUCAGCUUGUAUGUUGAUUUGGUGGUACAGAUGAUGCAAAGUGGCACCGGUGAUGGCUCCGUCCAGCACUCUGUGGCAGCGAGCGGGGACCUUGUGAGCAACAACUUUGAAAUUCAGGUGGAAGAUCCACCCAUGGACAACAUGGACAUGUUGCUUGGCUAUCCAACAAUGGAUAUAGGGGCCUUAAGGGUGGCAAGGGAGGUGCCACGUAGGCAGCCCACUCCUCGGAUGGCAAGGCUGCACACCAGGUUUUGGACCAAGGCGGAGCACAGGUUGUUCCUUCGCGGUCUACAAGUGUACGGCCGUGGCAACUGGAAGAGCAUCUCUAAGUACUUCGUUACCACAAGGACACCGAUGCAAGUCUCUAGCCAUGCCCAGAAGUACUUCAAGAGGCUGAAGAAUGCUGCCCGUAGGCAACGCUAUAGCAUCAACGACGUUGGCCUCUACGAUGCUGAGCCCUCAGUGCAGAACAACACUUCCAGCUGGGAAGGGCUCACCUUCACCAAAGGCGCCUACGCCACACCUAGCCCCUAUGGUGCUAGUGGUCAGCACGCCACCAUGAACAAUGUGGCCCAAGUCAGGUCGCCCAUCCUUAACCAUGCCAGCCAUGCUGGAACCAGCAACCAGGCGGCCGCCGGGGCUGGUGACCAACAGAUGGGGACUACUAGUUCUUAUGUGGCUCCUAUGACGGAGGGGGAUGGGGGCUUGCAAGAGGCUUUGGCUGGUGAUCAUCUGGGCGAUUUCCUUGAUGACCUAAUGAUGAAUAUGGACAUUUUCUAG